UUGCACUCUGUCCCUCACUCGCCGCCGACGGUCCGUCUCGCUGCCCGCACGCCGUGCCGCUGCCCCGCAGAAAUGCUUCGAUUACCCGCAGUCCUUCGUCAGAUUAGGCCGGUGUCCAGGGCACUGGCUCCUCAUCUCACUCGGGCUUAUGCCAAAGAUGUAAAAUUUGGUGCAGAUGCUCGAGCCUUAAUGCUUCAAGGUGUAGAUCUUUUAGCGGAUGCUGUAGCCGUUACUAUGGGGCCAAAGGGAAGGACGGUGAUAAUUGAACAGAGUUGGGGCAGUCCCAAAGUGACAAAAGAUGGUGUGACUGUUGCAAAGUCCAUUGACUUAAAAGAUAAAUAUAAAAAUAUUGGCGCUAAACUUGUGCAAGAUGUUGCCAAUAACACAAACGAAGAGGCUGGGGAUGGCACCACUACUGCUACUGUAUUGGCACGCUCUAUUGCCAAGGAAGGCUUCGAGAAGAUUAGCAAAGGUGCUAAUCCAGUGGAAAUCAGGAGAGGUGUGAUGUUAGCUGUUGAUGCUGUAAUUGCUGAACUUAAGAAGCAGUCUAAACCUGUGACAACCCCUGAAGAGAUUGCCCAGGUUGCUACAAUUUCUGCAAAUGGAGACAAAGAAAUUGGCAACAUCAUUUCUGAUGCAAUGAAGAAGGUUGGAAGAAAGGGCGUUAUAACAGUAAAGGACGGAAAAACACUGAAUGAUGAAUUAGAAAUUAUAGAAGGCAUGAAGUUUGAUAGAGGUUAUAUUUCUCCAUACUUUAUUAAUACAUCAAAAGGUCAGAAAUGUGAAUUCCAAGAUGCCUAUGUUUUAUUGAGUGAAAAGAAAAUUUCUAGUGUCCAGUCCAUUGUUCCUGCUCUUGAAAUUGCCAAUGCUCACCGUAAGCCCUUGGUCAUAAUUGCUGAAGAUGUUGAUGGAGAAGCUUUAAGUACACUUGUUUUGAAUAGGUUGAAAGUUGGUCUUCAGGUUGUAGCAGUCAAAGCUCCAGGUUUUGGUGACAAUAGAAAGAACCAACUUAAAGACAUGGCCAUUGCUACUGGUGGUGCAGUAUUUGGAGAAGAAGGACUGACCCUAAAUCUUGAAGAUGUUCAGCCUCAUGACUUAGGGAAAGUUGGAGAGGUCAUUGUGACCAAAGAUGAUGCCAUGCUCUUGAAAGGAAAAGGUGACAAGGCUCAAAUUGAAAAGCGUAUUCAAGAAAUCAUUGAGCAGUUAGAUGUCACAACUAGUGAAUAUGAAAAGGAAAAACUGAAUGAACGUCUGGCAAAACUCUCAGAUGGUGUAGCUGUGCUGAAGGUUGGUGGGACUAGUGAUGUUGAAGUGAAUGAAAAGAAAGACAGAGUUACAGAUGCCCUGAAUGCGACAAGAGCUGCUGUUGAAGAAGGCAUCGUUCUGGGAGGGGGCUGUGCCUUGCUUCGGUGCAUUCCAGCCUUGGAGUCAAUAACUCCAGCUAAUGAAGAUCAAAAAAUUGGCUUAGAAAUUAUUAAAAAAGCACUCAAAAUUCCUGCAAUGACCAUUGCUAAGAAUGCAGGUGUUGAAGGAUCAUUGAUAGUUGAGAAAAUUUUGCAGAGUUCUCCAGAAGUUGGUUAUGAUGCUAUGCUUGGAGAUUUUGUGAACAUGGUGGAAAAAGGCAUCAUUGAUCCAACUAAGGUUGUAAGAACUGCAUUACUGGAUGCUGCUGGAGUGGCCUCUCUUUUAACUACAGCAGAAGUUGUAGUCACAGAAAUUCCUAAAGAAGAGAAGGAUCCUGGAAUGGGUGGAAUGGGAGGAAUGGGAGGUGGUAUGGGAGGUGGCAUGUUCUAAUCCUAGAUAGUGUUUUAACAUUACUGAUGAACUGUGAGAGGAAGCCCAAGGCGGCGUUCCUCACCAAUAACUUCAAGAGAGGUGCAGUUGAAGGAGAUGACUGAAGAAAAGGCUGGCUGACAUUUAUGAAAAUCACUAUAACCAUCAGUUACUGAUUUCAGUUGACGACAUAGAAUGGUUUACUGCUGUCAUUGUCCAUGCCUA